CUUGAUGUAGGUCAUCGACACAAGUUAGUAGGCUGGAUCAAAACGGAGUUGAUAUUGCUGUUCUGUUGGAUUUUUUUAGGGUUGAGGAUUUUUUGUUUCAUAAAUUUUAAGAAAGUGAGCAUCAAGUGAGCUUAAAAUGAACUUAUUUUGUGUUUAUAUCUUGUAAUUUAAAGAUGCUCUAAUGCAGCUAGCCCGUAAAAAUACAAAAAAAUUCCAAUCAACAUCAUGGACACCCUUCCAGAAGAGCUUCUGAUCAACAUCUUUUCAUACUUACCAUUAAACUGCAUCAUUUCACUUUCAUUGAGUUGCAAAAGAUUUUGUGAAAUUAUAAACUGUAGCCAUGAGUUGCUUAAGGUCCUUACUGUAAAGUUCUCAAAAGAAACUGCAAAUUAUGAAUGGAUUGGAAGUCGAAGCUACACAAAUGUGACAAUACUCGAAGAUGGGAUGGAAAAUUUCUUAGAAAAUCAAAAAUUUCUUAGAGAUUCUUUAACUAAAUUGACAGUUUUUGACAAAAGCUUGAGGCUUUCGACAUUUUUGGAUGUUUUAAGAUGCAGUGCUAAUUUAAAGGAACUGGAAAUUAAAGAAAAUAGUGAUGACAGCAUAAAUAGUACUGUGCACCAGCUGCCAAGCUUAAAACUAGACAAAAUCAAAGUUAAAGGUGAACUUAAAAGCCUGAAACUUCUUAAAAAUUGCCAAACAAGACAUCUUCAUGUUUAUUGGAGUUCCAAAGUCAGUCAACAAUCGCAUCAUCUAGCAGAAUUCUUAAUAAAUCAGACAAACUUAGAAGUUCUAAUCCUUGAAAACUUCUCAGACUUUUCAUUUCUUUUCCCUCAAAAUCUGCUGCAUAAAGUUCAAUUUAAACUGAAAAAGCUGUCGAUCAGAAGUUGUUCCUGUUUUUACGUCAUCAAAUUGAAGAACUUUCUGGAUCUACAUAUUGAUUCCUUAACUCACAUUGAACUAGACUCAUACGGACAUCGAGAAUCGGAGUUACUAAAAUCAUUUAAAAACUUAAAGAUCCUCAAAUUUGGCACAGAAUUUUUAAACAUUUGCGGAUCCAAACCAAUCAGAUUUUUCAUUCCACAGCCAAUUUUGAAUCUACACAAUGAUGUCUUGGAUUUUGAGGUUCUACCACAGAUUAGAGUCCUCGAGGUGAAACAUUGGAACAAAAAUUUCAUCAAUUAUUUUAAUUAUUUCCCAAAUAUUGAAGAACUUACAAUUAAUGGAACAAAAAGUGAAUUUUAUGUUGAUGUUGAUGGAUUUAGUGAAUUAAAGUUAUUGACAAUUUCUGCCAAAAAGCUCACGAGAAAGUUGAUUAUUCCAAAAAGUUGUAGAUUUUUAAGAAUAUUUAUUGGUGGUCAGCUUAAAACUGUUGAUGAUUGUGACAUAAUUAGGAGGAAAAAUUAA